AUGGAACAAGCGGCGGAGAGUCUCGAGAUCAAAUCGCAGUUUUUAUACAUGCCGAACUGUAUGAUCAUGGCUUUUGACGACCCGUCGACUCAUACCUCGGAAGUAAGGCUUAUACGAACAUCUCAAGGGGUGGAGCUGGACAAGUUACUGGAUGUCUACCAGAUCUAUAAGGCUGUCUCGUUUGGCGAUAUGCCCUUGGAAGAGGCUACGGAACUGCUCGAGGAAAUUAUUCAACGGAAAGCGCACUUUAAUCGGUGGUUACGAGUAUUCUUCUAUGGCCUUGCGUCUGCCACCGUGGGUCCGUUCGCUUUUGAAGCGCGCCCCAUCGAAAUGCCCGCCUGCUUCGCACUUGGAUGCAGCCUAGGUUUUCUGCAGUUGAUCGUGGUACCUCAUAAUGAGCUUAUGGGAAACAUGUUCGAAAUCAUUGCGGCAUUCCUCACUUCCUUCGUCUCUCGAGCGCUGGGGAGCAUCCAGUCCAGAGGGCACGAAGUAUUCUGCUUCAGCGCAAUGGCGCAAUCUUCCAUUGCCCUCAUCUUGCCUGGGUACAUUGUUCUUUGCGCAUCCUUGGAAUUGCAGGCUCGGCAAAUGGUCCCCGGCUCUGUGCGCAUGGUCUAUGCCCUCAUCUACUCGUUCAUCCUGGGCUUCGGAAUCAUGUUAGGCAGCGCCGUCUUUGGAUCGAUCUAUCAGGACGCCACGUCAGCUACCCGUUGCGAGAAUCCUUUAAGCAACAAUAGCGCCUGGAAUUACUUGUUCGUGUUCCUCUUCUCCAUCUGUCUCACGAUCAUCAACCAGGCUAGGUUGAAACAGAUGCCCACCAUGGUUGGUAUCGCCAUGAUUGGCUACGCCGUCAGUUUCAACACCGCCAAGUACGUCAGAGGCAACUCUCAAGUCUCCAGCACCGUUGGUGCGUUUGCCAUAGGCGUGACAACCGCCAUGAUCCCCGCCAUCUUCGUACAGGUCCCCUCGGGGCUGUCCGUGUCCGGCUCCCUCGUCAGCGGUAUCAUCUCCGCGGACCAGAUGACGAGGAACGCAACGGGCUCGACGAUUGUAUCCGGAGCGGAUGCUGAAACCCCUUUGGUGAAUAACGUGGCGCUGAAGGUAGGCUUUUCGGUCAUCCAGGUGGCGAUUGGGAUCACGGUGGGGUUGUUUGUAGCGGCGUUGGUGACGAACCCGUUUGGGAGGAGGAGGAGAAAAAGGACGCCAUUGGCCCAGUUGUAG